UUGUGUUCACACUUUUUUUUUUUGGAGAAGGUGAGCCAAAUCAAUCCAACCACAGACAUAGCUGUCCUCCUCUAUCUUCAUUUAAUUUAUAGAAUCCUUCGAGCCCACUUUGACUCUCUAUCCUUCCCUUACCUUUCCCUUUCUAUCUUCUCCUUUUUUCAGUUCUUUUUUUGUUUUUUUCCAUUUGGUUCUAUGAAUUUGUCAAAAUAAUACGUUUUCCUUGAUGAAUAAAGUUACUGAUUUUUCUGUUGGGUUACUAUCAAAUUUGUUAAUCAAAUGCUGGGUGUGUAGCUACGUGGUACUUCUUCAUAAUUGUUGGUUUUUGAAGCAUAAGUUCUCAACUCUUGAUCACUGGUUGAGGUGUCUUCAAUCCAUUUGGGGUUUUGUCAUUUGAUAUUUCUUUCGAUUUUGAAGCUCACCCUUUUGUUUAUUCCUUCAUUUUCUUCAUCUUUUCUGCUGGGUUGUUCAUAUUUUGAAGCGGUUGUGAGGAUACACUGUAUUUAUUUUGCUGUCCGUUUACUGCUUGUGAUAUUUCCUCGCUGGUUUGCUUACAACUCAGGUUCUCAGCUCUCUGUUGUUUUUUUCCCAAUUAUUUAGCUUUGUAUGGUUAUUGUGAAGUUGUAGCUUGUCAUUUACGUUUCUGUUUCCUUUAAAGAGCUCAGCUUUACCAAAUUUGUCAUAUCGGCUUUGAACUUCUUUGUUCUCUCCUUUUAUAAUCUAAGUUUCACAGGUUUUGUUGAAUUUCGUUUUGUAAUCUGGGUUUUGCUUCUUGAAGUUCCCAUCUUACUCUCUCUGUACUUCUGGUCAUGGUGAGUUCUGCACUGCUCAUCUGGGUUUCUUCAUUAUUAAGUUUGAUAUGCGUUUCCUUAGCAUAUGAUCCUGUGGACAAGUAUCUGAUAGAUUGUGGAUCCUCCACCAAUAAAUCAGUGGGGAACCGUGUUUUUGUGCCUGAUCAAUUUUACUCCAAUUUCCUUUCAAACCCACACCUUACCUUUGCCAACGCGAGUUCAAGUCCCAUCUCAUCUGAAUAUGACCCUUCCCUUUUCCAGACUGCAAGAAUAUUCAAUGAAACUUCUCAUUAUACUUUUCCAGUCAAGAAAUCUGGAAGACAUUGGAUUCGCCUUUAUUUCUAUCCUUUUGUGUCUAGAAACUACAAUCUCAGCACGGCUAAAUUCUCUGUGUCUGCUCAAAAUUUCACCCUUAUCAAGGAAUAUCAAUCAAAGAUUAAUCCUGAGGUCAGGGAAUACUCUAUCAAUGUAACUUCUAAUAGGCUAGUUCUCACCUUUAGCCCUUUUGCCAAUUCACUGGCUUUUAUAAAUGCAUUGGAAGUUUUUUCACUUCCUGAUGAGCUCAUUCCUCCGGGUGCCACAACGAUUGGUCCUCAGGGGAGUUACCAAAAUCUGUGGGAACGGGCUUUAGAAACAGUUGAGAGAGUGAAUAUGGGAAAUCAAACUGUUCUUCCUUCAAAUGAUACGUUGUGGAGACUUUGGGAUGCUGAUGGUAAGUAUCUUAAACAAGGCAAUGCAGAAAAGUUUGUGUCAGAUGUCAAAGCUGUCAAUUUCACAAAAGGGGGCUUAACAGAGAAUAUUGCUCCAUCCUCUGUCUAUGGCACUGCUACUAUAUUGAAUACGGAGCCUGAUCCUCAGACCAAUGCCAAUGUGACUUGGCUUUUUAGUGUUGAUCCUGGUUUUGAGUAUCUGGUCCGGUUCCAUUUUUGUGAUAUAUUGCCUAGAAAUUCUGCAAGGUUCUACUUCAAUGUUUAUAUUGGUUCAUCUGCAGUUGUUCAAUACCUUGAUCUUCUUAAUCGCACAUCAGAUGUGGGCGUACCAUACUUUAUGGAUGUGAUCACAACAGUAAGUGGUAGCCAUAUGCUAAAUGUUAGUGUUGGCCCUUCUAAUAAUUUUCAAUAUCCAAAUGCCAUUCUCAAUGGGUUAGAGAUCAUGAAAAUAAGCAAUUCUAAGGACAGCCUUGAUGCAUUAGACUCCAUCAACUCAAGGAGUUCCAAGACAAAAGUCAUUCUAAUAGUGGGCUUGGCUGCUGGGUUGUUCAUUGUUGCUGUUCUUGCUUUAGUUCUGUUUCUGCUGUGCAGAAGGAGAUUUAGGCAUGGGAAGGCAGAAGAUCAGUCUGCCAUGACUGAUGGAGAUUCUACUUACACUGCAGGCAGUAAGUUCUCAAAUGGGACAUUGAUAUUUUCCACUUCAAGGUUUGGGUUUGGGUAUCGGUUCCCCUUUGUGGCAAUCCAAGAAGCUACCGAAAACUUCAGUGAAAGUUUGGUUCUUGGGAUUGGCGGCUUUGGGAAGGUUUACAAGGGAGUUUUGAGAGAUGGGACAAGGGUGGCAGUGAAAAGGGGGACUUCUCAGUCACAAGGAAUUGCAGAAUUCCAAACUGAGAUUGAAAUGUUAUCUCAAUUCAGACACAGACAUUUGGUCUCUUUGAUUGGAUUUUGUGAUGAAAGAAAUGAGAUGAUCAUAAUAUAUGAGUUCAUGGAGAAUGGGACCCUCAAGGAUCAUCUGUAUGGCUCAAAGUAUCCCAGCUUAAGUUGGAGACAACGACUGGAAAUAUGCAUUGGAGCAGCAAAAGGAAUUCACUACCUUCAUACAGGCUCUGCGAAGGCGAUCAUUCACCGAGAUGUCAAAUCUGCAAACAUAUUACUAGAUGAGAAUUUCAUGGCCAAGGUUGCUGAUUUUGGUCUUUCAAAGACUGGUCCUGAGAUUGAUCAGUCACAUGUUAGCACAGCAGUAAAAGGAAGCUUUGGAUACCUUGAUCCAGAGUACUUGAUCAGACAACAACUGACAGAGAAAUCUGAUGUUUACUCCUUUGGAGUGGUCAUGUAUGAAGUUCUUUCUGGGAGACCGGUUAUCAAUCCAUCUCUACCAAGAGAAAAGGUGAACUUAGUUGAAUUGGCAUUGAAGUGUCAAAGGAGAGGGCAACUGGAGUUGAUCAUAGAUCCUCAUCUCGAAGGCCAAAUAAAGACAGAAUCUUUGAAGAAGUUUGGCGAUAUAGCUGAGAAAUGCUUAGCAGAGUGUGGUGCUGAUAGACCAUCAAUGGGAGAUGUCUUGUGGAAUUUGGAAUCUGCACUUCAACUCCAAGGUAAUGAAGUUAGAUCCAGCCAUAACAACAAGAUGACUGAAAAUGUUAAUCGUGCGAAUAGCUUCGAAACCAGCGUCUCUAACGCACAAGUCAGCAUCGGAAGCAUGGGAGAUCUUGCCGGUGUUUCAAUGAGCAAGGUUUUUGCUCAAAUGGUGAGAGAGGAAAUGAGGUAGACAGCACAUUUUGCAGCUUCUCUAGUUAUAAGCAAAUGUGAGGUUAGCACUCAGAAGUGUAUACUGUACAGAUGGGGUGAAUUCAAAUUUGUUGUUGGUAUCCAUUUUUCAGAAUAAGUUUAGCUUGAUGUGUUGCCUUGUUGAAAGUACACACAGAACAAAUCCAUUAGCAUGGUUGCUUGUAAUUUUUUUUUUUUUUUUCUCACUGGUUGUUCUUCAUUUCAGAUCUGAGCUCUCUGUAGUAUUAUAUCACCUACUAUUUAUUUUUCCA